UUCAAAAUAGAAAAAUUAAAAAAAAUUGUUCUACGAACUUCCAUUUAAAAACAAAUUUAUUCUUUGUUUCCGAAAUGGCUAAUGAUUCAUGGAACAAUGGUGAGCUAAAAACCAGCGGUAACUACUUUAAUGACUCCAAUUUACUUGACAUGGAAACUCAAAGCAAAUGUCUGCUCUUCGAUGACCACUGCAUACGUAAAAAUUUCAUACGUAAAGUCUAUUUAAUUUUAAUGAGCCAACUACUGAUGACCUUUGCAAUUGUAGCAAUUUUCCUAUUUAAUGAAACUCUACGGGCAUUUGUUGUACAAAAUCCAGUCAUCUUUUGGCCUGGCUUUAUUGUACUGCUAGUAACCAUGUUAAUCAUGACCUGCUGUGAUGAGUUACGUCGUCAAACACCUGUAAAUUAUAUAUUUUUGGCUAUUUUUACACUGGCUCAAUCUUUUCUGCUGGCUAUUGUAACAUGUCAAUUUGCCGCUGUAGAAAUACUGUUGGCUGUGGGCACAACGGCUGCCAUAUGUCUGGCUUUAAGUCUGUAUGCUUUUCAAACUAAAUACGACUUUACUAUGAUGGGUGGUGUGCUGUUAAUGUCAUUGGUGGUAUUUUUAAUUUUUGGAUUAUUCACAAUAUUCUUUCCGAUUCGUCCACUACUUUUGCUGCACAGUUCAUUGGGUGCUGUGCUCUUUAGUAUUUAUAUGAUUUAUGACACACAAUUGAUGAUGGGUGGCCGUCACAAGUAUAGCUUGAGUCCAGAGGAAUAUGUAUUUGCAGCAUUGAACUUGUAUCUGGAUGUAAUUAAUAUAUUUUUGUAUAUUUUGUCAUUGCUAACAUCGGGCAGAUCUUAAUCAUUGUUUUAUUUCUUCUCUAGUUUUGUUGGCUUUUAUAUUUUAUGUUGUUGAAGAUUUUUAUUUUGGAAUAAAAAAAAC